AUGGAUAAAACCAAGGAUAAAAACCAUCGUGAGCGAUCUUUACCAGUGCAUUUCCAAUAUCCUUCAUCACUGAUAUACUCAUGUCUAUCUGCAGCGUACCUUCGCCUCAGAAUCCCAAAAUCGGCCCCGUAUGAACUCAAGCCUGCCGGUAAUCACGGCUGGGGUGGUUUUGCGACUCGUUUCAUCGCGAAAGGCUCCCUGAUUUACCGAGAACAGGCACUCUUCACGCUGCAGCCUCGCGGGGCUCAGCAGGUGCACGACUACACUAUUCUUUGGAAAGUCCGACAGCUCUCUGCCCAAGACAAGGAAACCUUCAACCUCCUCGUCAAAGCUGCUGCCCUCGACGGCGAUGACAAAGUUUCCAACGUCUUCAUCAAGAACUACUUCCGCCUUGUGAAUGUGGCUAAUGAGCUUGGUGUACCCACCCGAUCUCACCAGCUUGGGUUCUUUGUCUUCCUGUCCCGCCUUAACCAUGCCUGCGUAGCCAACGCCUAUGUUCCCCAGAAUGAGGGAAAGUACAUCAGCUGCUACGCUACCAAGGACAUCCAGCCGGGCGAGGAGAUCAUGUUCUCAUACUGUGCGGACUUUGAGAGCAUGCAGAUGGAGCAACGUCACAGACUGUUGAGGUUCACCUGCAGAUGUGUUGCUUGUGCUCCCGGCACCGCCUUCCAUGAGCUGAGUGAGAUCCGCCGCAAACUGAUUCGCGGGCUCAAUUUCCUGACCCAGGGUAUGGAUUUGGCCUACCCUAGACGUGAUGGUCAUGGACCAAGUGGGAUCAUCGCAGACCCUAUCCUCCGCGAGGCCGCCAAGGAACUUUACAUGCCAUUGAUGUCGCGGCUCUUCUACGAGUCCAUGAUUGGGCUUUUGCUCGAGGAGGAAGGAAUGAUGAAUGCGAUGAUUGAAAAAGAGAUCAUCGCUCGCAUGCGUGGAGCUGUUCGACUUCUGCAGGAAGCAGACAAUAUGGUUCUUGCCCUGAGGAUCAUGAAGCAGAAGCGCUGGGUCGACAAGUGGCUAGUGGCUAGUCAAACAUUGCACAAGCCUGACCUGGGCGAUAUCGACGGCUAUCUUAUGCUCAACAUGACCUGUACCGCUUGA